AGGAUGACCCACAGCAACGCGUGGCCGGGCCAGCUAGUCUAUAUAUAGAAAAUUUAUCCGAUUUCAGCAGGAAACAAGACAUGGACUGAUAAGAAAUGAAGAAGUUAUGACCACUGCAAACAUUUGUAGGCACAAAUGGUAUUGAGACUGGGAAUGCAUGAGUCCCAGAGAGCACUAUGUUUAGAUGUCAUCACAAUUACACACAAAAUGUAUAAAUAUGUAUAAAUCCUGGGAGUGUUUGCAUUUUGUGUUGGAGUUGGAUGAUUGCUGAGAGUUCUGACUCUGGGUGAAUGUGGGCUAAAGAUCACAGUAAAAAAAGAAAAGAAAGACCCAUUCUACCCACUAUUUUAAUAUAUUCAAAGCUGCCACCCAUCUAUCUAGGUAGGUCUCUAGGGAGACAAUGGAGGAGUGACACAUGUUUUGUGUCAACUGGGCAGAUGAAGGCUGCUCAAGACACCGCUAAGCAGCUGUGCAGGCCCGCCAGGAUAAAAACAGCAACAGCCAAUCACAUCAGCCCUGAGAUGGAUGGCGAGUCAUUUGCAGACAGGGAAACUCCCACAGACAGACAACCGAGAAAGUGAAAGUCAGCUGUGCCUUCACUGUGAGGUAGCAGCCAUGAUCCAGGAUCUCUGUGCUGAAGCCACUUGUCCCAUCUGCCUGGAUUAGUUCAAGGAUCCUGUGACCAUUGGAUGAAAGUUACGAAGUUAAAACCCUAAAACUAGGGGUUGGGAGAAAUUUUACUGAGUCCACGCCUCCCUAUUUCCAAAGAAUCUGAGAACUGUCAUGUUGGAAGGGACCCCAAAUGUUAUCUAGUCCAACCCCUUGCAUGCAAUAAUAACCAAUGUGCACUUUAUAGAUCAAUUUAUUGUUGUUUAGUCUUUUAGUUGUGUCCAACUCUUCAUGACCCCAUGGACCAGAGCACGCCAGGCACCCCUGUCUUCCACUGCCACCUGCAGUUUGGUCAGACUCAUGUUGGUAGCUUCGAGAACACUGUCAAACCAUCUCGUCUUCAAUAAGCAAGCUGAAUCACAGCCACCCAUUCACAUUUGUACUUCUCUGAAUUUUCCUAAUGCACUUUCCCAGUCAAGUAAUGUGUACAAGAAUUCAUAAAUUCAUAUCAAUUUGCUCCAUGUAAUGCAUUUUGUAUGUUAUUUUCACUAAUAUCCAUGCUUUCAUGUACAUAUAGUUGGGAUAUAGUGGUAGUUGUGUCUAAUCUCUUUUUGUUGCUGCUGCCUGGCCAUAUUUCAGGGGUGUGUGUGGGUGUGUGUAAGGAAGACUACCCAAAGAUAGAAAAAAAGUUGCAAUUUUUCCUGUGUGAAGUCUCGAUCCAGAACAAUACAUAGGAUAAAAUAGGUCUCAGAGCCCGACCCCAUUGAUUGCUGAGUUGUCACGCAAAACUAGGGUUGCAUACUUCAAAAAGAAAAGCUGUUGAGCUUUUUUUGGCAGGAGUUUUGGAGCUUUUCUUCUUUUUUUCUUCGUGCCAAAUUGCAAAGAAAUUGGACAUUUUUGAACUACGUCUAAGGGAAAUAAGCAAAAAUGACAUGGGCUACCAUACAUCUGGAUUCUUUCGGAUAUUUCGAUGAUUUUUGCCUUGACACUGCUUUUGGAUGCAAUAUUCCAGAUAUGCCCGGGAAAUUCCGUAUGUAUGGCUGCCCUACCCAAGGGUUACAUAUGUUCUUUUGGGGGGGAGGGGUGUGUCCCUCUCUGGGUGGUGAUGUGUAUCCCUUCACUUAUUUUAAAAUGUGGCAAAUGUUCCUGGGCCCUCCUGCUCCUUCUGCCAAGUGGGGCCCUGGACUGCCAAGUGGGGCCCUGGACCAUCCACCCUCCUGCUUGUUCCAUGCAUAGAAAACAUAGGUCUGAAAGGUUUUCUAUUUCUCCUGUGCUUUCUAGGCAUCGGUCAAAGCAGUUUUUUGUUUGCCCCACUGCUUUCCCUGGGAAAACCCACUGAAUUAGGAACAAAUGUCAAUACUCAGAAAAACCAAUGGAUCUUUUCCCCAAUUCAGCUGCAAACAGCAAGAAGAAGUGUGGGUGACACCCAAGUGGGUCCGUGGGGCAGAGUCUGCCCUAAAGUGAUUUCCUGAUGGCACUACGGAGAGAAGGAGGAGUCAGGGAUCUGAAGCGGAAAGUAAAUAGAAUUUUUUUUCUGCAUCCUAACAAAAUGGGUGUGGUGGGAAAUUCAGACAAAGUUCAAAGCUAUUACUUAUUAACCAAUCAGCGUCAAAUUUAUGAUAGCUGAUAAAAAGACCUGUUCAGAAAUAACAUGGAUUUGUUUUAUACAGUUAUAAGUAUAUGCCAGAUGCCUGUUUUUUCUUUUCAUUAUUGAAAAAGAGCAGUUUAUGUUUGGAGUGAGAUGAGGUGGUGAGCAAAUGGUUGUUCUGUUAGGAGGAGAGAAGAUGGAGAGGGAGAGGAAAGCUGAGCACACCCAGCAGAAGAAAAGAACAGUUGCUGGUUGUUGUUACAGCAGUACAAAGUGCACACCCUUUGCCUCUCCAUAAAAAGGAGCAAGGAGACAGGAGCAGGAACAGCUGGGAAGAAGGAAAGGUAACCCCAGAACGUCUCCUUGAUCUACCACCAUCUCCUUGCCCACAAGAGAAGCUAGUCUGGGGGUGAGUAUCUGACAACCAAACCCCAUUGUAUGUUCCCAGGCUGCCCUUUGCCCAAGCAGGUCUAUUUUCAUUCUGGUUCCCAGUUUGUAUAGAAGAGCCUUUGAACUGUUCCUCUUCCUUGCCUUCCCCCACCAUUCAGCUGAAGGUCAAGCACCUAUGGAAAUGCUGUUAGCUCUGGGAGAGGAUCUCCCAUGUGUGUCAACGGAGGUUUUGACUUGGCACCCAAAGGAGGACUUGGAGCCCAGCAAUGGCUUAUGUCCUUGUCUGUCACCUCAGUGUCCUUCCUGGGCCACUUUUCAUGCAGCGUCAGGAAAGUGGACCUGCAGAUGAAUGUGAGAUUGUGUCCCACUGAAUGAUUAUUUAAUGGAGCUCCAUUAUUCUUCCUCCUGGACAGGGAAUACAUGAAGCAGGCAAACAUUUCUGAAAAGGUGACGUGUUUUGUUUUCAAUGGGCAAUUUUAAGGAUGAAGAUUUGUGGAGAUAAGUUAAAUUCUUCAGCGGAGUUCUUUUUUAUUUGACAAAUUGCCUUGUUUUAAUAGCUAUUUUAACAGCUCAAUAUAUUUCAGCAUUUUUUAUGUAUUUUGAUUUGUAAUGGUUUUGGCUACUAUAAUUUAAAACUACUAUAAUUUAAACAUACAAACCAUUUCAACCACAAUAGAAUAGACUAAAACAAAUAAAAAACCCUUGAAACUUUCUAAUCAUCUGGGUUGCCUUGUCUGAAUAAGAAUGUUGUCAGCAGGUGCUGAAAUGAAGACGGUGAAGGUGCCUGCUUGAUAUCAAUAGGAAGAGGGAUCCAAAGUGUUCCUGCCACCAUGUUAAAUGUUUGAGUUCUGACAGAUGCAGGGCGGGUAUUAUGUGGCACCAGUAAAAGUGCCAAUUCCUCUGACUGAAGCAGUCAAGUGGGCACAUAUGGGGUAAAGUGAUCUUGUAGGUAAAUGACAAAUGAUUGUGCAAACUGAUUUUUCAUUUGGGUUUUAUAGUUGAGUUUCAGAGUGGGACUGUUAUACAAAAAAUUGGGGUUGACUUUUACAGCCCAUCUCUCCAUCAAGGGACCCAGCAUCUCUUAAGUGCAUUAUCAGUCAGAGAAGAAUGAGGAGAGGGAAGAACCAGUUGAGGAAAGCAAAGAAAAUUUUGUUUUCUGCUGCAGCAGAGUCCCCCCCCCCCAACUGCCUUGCAAGGAAGUGAGGGGACCCAGAACUAAGGUGUGUAAGAACUUAUGAAGACUUUAGAAAUUGCCCAGCCCUUAUCCAAGGAGCACCCAAAGUCAUCAUACAGGUGCCAAGCAUUUUUUGUAUGCUUGACUGGCAUGAGAACGUGCACACACUGUUUUUGGCUCAGAACGGGGAUGGACUUGCAUGCACUCUGCCAACAUGGGGGAUGAUGUGGACGGAGAGUUGCCUGUACAAAUGAUACAGAAAAGGGUUGUACUUGUAAAUCAGACUAUGCUCAGAAUAUUACAUUUGUCCAACAUGUUUACAAAUCUGUCACUCAGAGAUCUGAACAAUACAUGCUAAUUGUUUUUCCAGGGCAUGCCAGAGCAUUCUUUGGAAAUGGUGAAUACCUUGGUGUUAGAAUUUAUUGACACAGACUGACCCCUUUUCAAGUAAAGUGAUUUGAAAGUAUAAAGCUUUGCCAGGCUGUGGAAGAAUGAUUUUACCAAACACGGAGGGGUCCCACAGUUCAACUGGAGUCUAAAGACGGCCUAGCUCUUGCUCUGUGAACUGUCUAAAUUUCAUACACUCAAAUAAAAUUUCUAGUUUUUCUUGGAGUAUUUCCUAAUUUUUUGAAGGCCGAAGGAUUGGUUUUCUGUGGUGAGUGUGUGCCUACUAUGUGUGAGCACCUUAAAAUUUGUAUAACAGGAACAAUUAUGGAAGAUAUCUUGCACACCCCUCUCCCCAAUUUUCUCUUUCCGUCCACCCUGCACAAUCUGCUUUCUGAUAAUGCUCCUGUUAUUAUGGGCACCUGCAACAAAACGUUGCAGCGUGAAACGAUGCCCGUUCACCAGGCCACUGCAUUUCAUUCCCGCCCCAGUGGGUUUCUGUCCUCCCACACACUCCACAAUAGUCACCGUUCUGUCCUCCCCGCCCCUCACCUGUUGUUGUUGUUUAAAGGAAUAUAUAUUGUUAUUCGUCAGCUUGUGGGCAAUGCAAAACGCUGGGUUUUCAUUGACAAACUAGGUGGCGCUAGUUUGAAGUGAUCUGGACACUGUUGAUUUUCGGGGUGUUACUCAGUUUGUGGCGCGCUGCAAAAUGCGGGGCUUUCGCUGCAAAACUUUGGCACAGAUUUGGAGGGGAUCCCAAAUUUAGUUAAUUUUCAGGAAGCCUGCUGAAAGGAAGAGCAGCUAAUUCUGAGCAAACCAGUUGGACGGGAACAUCUUUUCCACUUGCUUUUCUCUUCGCAUUUUCCUGGAAGUGAGUGCGUUCUCCGCAGAGAAAGUUCACUUUUCAGGUGGAGGGAGCCACUGUUUGUCCACAGACAGCUUUUGGGGUCAUGUGGCCAGCAUGACUAAACCGGUUCUGGCACAAUGUAAACACCGUGACAGCCAGAGCGCACUGAAACGCCAUUUACCUUCCCACCACAGCGGUACCUAUUUAUUUAUUCGUACUGGUGUACUUUAGAAAUGCUAGGUUGGCAGGAGCUGGGACAGAGCAGCGGGAGCUCUCCCCGUCAUGUGGAUUCGAACCUCCAACCUUCUGAUUGGCAGGCCCAAGAGGCUUAGUGGUUUAGACCACAGCGCCACGCACUGUCAAGAAAGCGAGAAGGGAAACAUGCCUCUGUUAAUUCUCCUCUACCUCUCAGCGCUUUUGACACCAUCAACCUUCUGGAGCGGCCAUCCAAGCUGGUGGUGGGUGGCACGGCUUAGCGGUAGUUGCAGUCCUACUUGGAUGGCCGUUCCCAGAGGGUUUUGCUUGUGGAGUGCUUCUCAGCCCAUGGAGCCUUCAAUAUGGGGUUCCGCAGGGCUUAAUCCUAUUCCUUAUGCUGUUUAACAUCUACAUGAAACCACUGGGUGGGGUUAUCCGGAGGUUUGCAGUACGUUGUCAACAGUAUUCUGAUGACACACUGCUCUAUUUAUAUCUGCAGGUGAGCCAGUGGAAGUGCUGCUGGGCUUUUGUAUUGCCUCAAUAAUGGACUGGAUGAAAGCCAACGAACUUCGUUCCCUAGACUGGAUGGGUGGGAGAUCGCCUGCUCUUGAUGGAGUUACACUUCCUCUAAAGGAGCAAGUUCAUAGCUUGGUUGUAGAUCCUAGAACCGUUGCUGUCACUCGAAGCUCAGGUGGCCUCAGUGACCCAAAGUGCCUUCCAUCUGUUUAGGCUAGUGGUCCAGCUGCAUCGCUAUCUGGACAGGGAUAGAUAGGUUAGAUUACUGCAAUGCGUUAUACAUAGUGCUGCCUCAGAAGAUGGUUUGGAAACUUCAGCUAAUGCAGAAUUUGGUGGCCAGGUUGCUCAUUGGAGAAAGACGCUUUGAGCAUAUUACACCGAUCCUGGUCCAACUGCACUGGCUACCAACUAGUUUCCCAGGCCCAAUUCAAAGUGGUGGUUUCACCUAUAAAGCCUUAAACAGCACAGGACCGCAAUACCUCAAGGACCACCUCUUUCCAUAUGAACCUACGCAGACCCUGAAAUCAUUUUCUGAGGCCCUUCUUCGUGUGCCUCCUCCUCGAAAGGUCAGGAGGGUGGCAACAUAAGAACGUGCCUUUUCUGCAGUGGCCCCCCGUCUGUGGGAUGCUCUCCCCAGGGAAGUUCACCUGGUGCCUUCAUUUUACACCUUUAGGCUACAGGCAAAAAUGUUCCUUUUUAACCAGGUCUUUGUUUGAUUUAAAGAUGUAUGGAGGGGGAUGUUAUUGGGUUGUUGUUUUUGUUUCUGUGUUUAAAACACUCUUUACAUAAGAACAUAAAAGAGCCCUGCUGGGUCAGAGAGAGGCCUGCCAAAUCUAGGCUCCUGUUCUCACAAGAUGCCACACUAUAAACGAUUCAGUUCUUGCAGAUGCAGUGCAGGUAUUAUAUGGUACCUGUAAAAGUGCCAAUUCCGUGGAUCAAACUGGACAAGUGGGCCCAUAUGGGGUAAGGUGACCUUGUAGGCAAAUAAUGAAGGAGUGUGAAAAAUGCUUUUUGGUUUUGGUUUUAUAGAUGAGUUUCAGGCAGUGGGACCAAUCAUGGAGGUGCCAUUGAAUAAGAAUGUAAAAUGCAGAAUUGGUUUCAUAGGAAGAAUGUGGAAACGCUUAACCCUGAAUAGUUUUUACCUUACAGGCUUUUUUGCUUCUUCCCCAGUCCCUUCACAUCCUGCUGCCAUUCUACAGCCGCCUCUCAUCUCAACAAAGACACAAACUCUUGAUCUGCCAUGGCCUCAGCCCCACCAUCCAUAGAUGUGGACAAGGAAGUCUUGUGCCCCAUCUGCAAAGACUACCUGACAGAACCAGUGACACUGGACUGCGGCCACAACUACUGUCAGGGCUGCGUCACCAAGUAUUGUGACACAUGGGAACCAAUGCAGGUGGGGGACUUGGAGUGUCCCGUCUGCAGAGUUCGGAUCCAGAAAGGGAAUUUCCGCCGCAAUUUCCAGCUGGCAAACAUAGUUGAAAAAAUUAAACUCCUGGCACUAAAUGAAAGGUUGGAGGAUCUUUGUAAGACACACAAGGAAAAACUCCACCUCUUCUGCAAAGAAGAUGGAGAAUUCGUGUGUUGGUGUUGUAAGCAAUCCCCAGAACAUAAAUGGCACACUGUGGUUCUCAAGGAAGAGGCUGCCCAGGAAUACAAGACACUCAUCUGUGAUCACCUGGAGCAUCUGAGGAAAGAGAGAGAGAAAAUUCUGGCUUAUGAAGCAAAAAUAGGAAAGGAAAGCGUCAACAUGCUUAAAUUAACAGAAACUGAGAGGCAGAAAACAGUGGAGAGGUUCAGACAACUGCACCAGUUUAUGGAAGAACACGAAAAGUGUCUGCUGAAUGAGAUAGAAGAGAUGGAGAAGGAGAUCACAAGGAGAAGGGAUGAGUACCUGGAUAGACUCUCCAAGGAACUGUCCUCUCUUGAAAAGAGCAUGCAGGAGAUGGAGGAGAAGAGUCAGCAGCCAGCGAGUGAACUCCUGCAGGUAAGACUGUGGCAGGAACAGCACAAAGUUUGUAUCAGGGUUUUACCACAGUUACCUUUUGCCUCUUUGUCCAGGCUAUGUCCAAGUGCUCUUCUCUUGCCCCCACAGAGCUUUCCCCACAAAAGUUCAAAGUCCACUGAUGUGAGAAGCACCUUGCAGAGAGUGAGGAGAUUCAGAGAUCCAGGGCUGCUCCGUUGGCCCCCAGAUGUCUGGCUCUGUAGUCCCAGUAAGGAGGAAUCUUCUCCCCUCUGUGACACCAUUCCUCUGUGUGUUUGUCUCGGCUUUCCUCCUCUCCAUUGCUUUCUUUUGCUGCACUCAGAAAUUCUGCAAUUGAAUGGGUUAAUGUUUAUUUUCCCCAUCAGGUGUCAGCAAAGGGAGACAUUUAAGGAUCCAAUGGCUUUCCCACCAGAAUUGAAUAGGAAGAUCUCAAAUUUCUGGGUUGCAAAUCCCAUUCUAUAUGUUGAGAUGAAGGAAAUCAAAGAUGUUCUGUCAUUUGGACGGCCUCAGAAAGCAAAUGUCACUCUGGAUCCAGACACGGCCCAUCCUGACCUCAUCCUGUCGGAGGAUCGGAAAAGUGUGAGAUAUGGAGACAAACCUCAAGUGCUGCCCGACAAUCCUAAGAGAUUCAUGUACUAUCAUUUUGUGUUGGGACGUGAGGGAUUCAAAACUGGCAGACAUUUCUGGGAGGUUGAUGUGGGGAGAGAGGAAGGGUGGUCUGUGGGGGUUGCCAGGAAGUCUGUGAGGAGAAAGGGCCGUGUCUCCUCAAGGCCUGAGAGUGGGAUCUGGGCUGUGGGGAAGUGGAAAGGUGAGUACUGGGCCUUGACCUCUCCUCGUUACUCUCCUCUCUCCCUGAGUGAAGAGCCCAAGAGCAUCCGAGUGACUCUUGACUAUGAAGGGGGACGUCUGUCUUUUUAUGAUGCUGACUCAGGAGCCAAAUUCUACACGUAUUCAGGAGCCUCGUUCUCAGGAGAGACCCUCCUCCCUUUCUUUCGUCUGUGGGAAAAGAAAACCCACCUCUGGAUCUCCUGAGGAAAUCUGCCUCAGAAGCCCAGUUGGAGUUUCUCUCCAAACCAAAUGACUGAGAUGAAAACAUUUGCCAGUUUGGGCCUCUUUGCAGAGACCUUUUGAGAGGAGUCACAGUCAGCAUAAAUAAGAAAAGAAACAAAACCUGGGAUUUUCUCUUUCCUUCCCUUUCCCAGAAUGCAGCUGAGUCCUUAACAGACCAAUUAACAAUCUGUUUAUCAAAACGGUUCAGCCUCCACCAACUUUAACCCGCUUUUCAUUGCUCACCUACACCAGCUGUUAGAAGAAGAAGAAGAGUUUGGAUUUGAUAUCCCGCUUUAUCACUACCCGAAGGAGUCUCAAAGCGGCUAACAAUCUCCCUUCCCCUCCUCCCCCACAACAGACACCCUGUGAGGUGGGUGGGGCUGAGAGACUUCAAAGAAGUGUGACUAGCGCAAGGUCACCCAGCAUACAGUGGUACCCCGCAAGACGAAUGCCUUGCGCAACGAAAGACAAAAGAGUUUUGCGUUGCGUGAGGGACUCGCAAGACAACGAGGUUUUCUAUGACCGCCGCUUCGUCUUGCGGGGCGAGUGGCAGCAAAAGGGGAACCAGCUGUAGUGCGGCAAGAAGAUCAGCUGUCAGCCUUCCUGUCGCGUUACAGCUGGUUCCCCUUUGUGUUCCGCUGGUCUCUGCCGGUUGCCGCGAGGGGCAACCGGUAGAGACCAGUGGAACACAAAGGGGAACCAGCUGUAGCGUGGUAAGAAGGCUGCCACCUGAUCUUCUUUGCCUUCUUGCCGUGCUACACUGUCAGCG